AUGAUGAUGACUCUAUUGAUAACUGAGGAUCCUGGUAGGUCAAUCGAUGUAUACUUACGGCCAUUGGUGGAUGAGCUAAAAGAUUUAUGGACACACGGUGUGCGCACAUAUGAUAAAUGUACUGGCAAGAUGUUUACUUUGCGGGCUGCAAUGAUGUGGAUUGUGAACGAUUUCCCCGCAUAUGCAAUGGUUUCCAAGUGGAGCACUAGGGGUUAUAUGGCAUGCCCUGUAUGCAAGGAAGACGUAACAUCUAGUUGGCAUGCUGGAAAAGAUUGUUACCAUGGUCAUCAAAGAUGGUUGCCUUGGGACCACGAGUGGCGAGAGAAGGAUAAAGAGUUUGACCGGGAGAAAGAGCAUUGCCUCAGACCCAGAGAAUGGUCCGGUGCUCAGAUUUUGGAACAGCUUAACCAUUUGGAUUUUGCUCUUUUCGGGACCAAUGUCACUAGGACAAGACCUGCUACACAUAUGAACUGGACACACAAGUCUAUGUUUUUGAGCUCCCAUAUUGAAGGCAAGACAGAUGACACGAUUAAAGCUCAUCUUGAUUUGGAACGAAUGGGAAUACGACGGGGUUUAUGGAUGAAUAGGGACAAUGAUAAAGCCAUAAGGGAUCUUGCAUUUUUUUCAAUGAAACCGAAUGACAAGAAAGAAAUUUUAAAGUUUUUAUUGUCUGUAAAGUUUCCCGAUGGGUAUGCUUCAAAUAUCGCGCGUUGCGUGAAAGUUGACGGGGGUAAAUUAGCUGGCUUAAAGAGUCAUGACUGCCAUGUGGUUCUGCACCGCCUACUUCCUAUGGAUGAGGCAUUGCUUGCUGGACUAGUCAACUUUCGAUGGAUGUAUCCAAUAGAAAGGCUUUUCGGAGACUUGAAGAAAAGUGUACGAAACAAAGCGAAGCCUGAAAGAUCCAUAAUACAAGCUUGGGUGUCAUAUGAGGCACUUACAUUUUGUGGAAUGUAUUUAAAAGAUGUUGAGACAACUUUCAAUCGUCCUCCUCGCAAUAAUGAUGGGGGUGUUCCAAAGGAGAAACUUUCAGUUUUUGCCCAGGUCGCUCGACCAUUCGGAGAUCCGAUUUGUGGCGAGUCGUUUUCCAAGAAGGACAUGGAUGUAGCACAUUGGUUUGUACUCAACAAUUGUGAUGAGACACUGUCACACCUAGACGAGCAUGAAAAUAUGAUGAAGCAAGCAUAUUCUUCACAUUUGUAUGCCAAGAAACAUCGUGAAUUGUUUUCGCAGUGGUUUCUCGAAUAUGUGAAUCAACUGAAAGCAUGUAAUUCCCCUGCGUGCAGUGAAGAGUUAUAUAACUUAGCAUUUGGACCAAUUCGCGUUGAAUUGUACUCGGGCUGCCAUGUCAACGACGUCAAGUUCUUAGUGGGUGCACGGGAUGACAAGUUGUGUACACAAAACAACGGUGUUCAUGUCCUCGGAGGAGGCGAAAGUACAGACAUUGAAUUCUAUGACAAACUAACAAGUGUCGUGCAAUUGCUUUAUAAAGACGGGUGCCAAGUGAUCCUUUAUAAGUGUCAAUGGUUUGAUACACACCCAAAUAGGCAUGGAAGUGUGAAAAUAGAUCAUGGAUUACUAUCAGUGAACACUACCAAAACUUGGUACGAUGACGACCCUUACAUAUUAGCAGCCAUGGAAAAACAAAUUGUGUAUCUAGUUGACCCUAAAUCCGGGAGGGGUUGGAAAGUUGUUUAG